AUGGAGGUAGCGGAGAUCUCCGUGACAGUGAGCGCGGACUUAGUCUCGCAACUUCCACCUUGGGACGGUGCCAAGCCAGAUCCAGGGGCAACAUCGGUCUUGGGCCGCUCGUUCAAACACGCGUUAACGUUGACGGGUGACAAUGAAGACACGCAAAGUCUCUGUGAGAACACAUGGGUAGCGCCCAGCUUGUUGGAAAGUACUGAGCACCUGGGUCGAAACAUCAGGUGGGUCAGCGACGAGACGUCGCUACGACGCAGCUGCAUCAGACACGGCCUUCCCCGGUCUGCAACUAUCCAAACAGCCUGGAAAGGUCACGAUCUUGAUCAAACGAUCAUCCCCUUUCCACGGUUCGACGCGGGUUUCCAGAACGAUAUGAUCAAGACGAGCAUGACCUUGACCAUCAGGUCUAGAGUUCCUGCCUCGUGCUAUGACAUCAGGGAGCCCAUCACAAUACCUCAGCCACCGGCGAUUCCGCCUGUUUUCCAAAGUCACCUGCAGCGCGUGUACCUUGAGAUUCGCCUAUCAAGCGCCGAGUGCAUGCCCAUCGACCACCUACAAGGCGAGAACCUCGAUAUUAAGAACUGGCUCCCCGCCAUCAAGCUGAGAUCCCUGCGAGUCACCGUUAUUGUACCCUUCAGCGGCACCGAAGACUUGGCCAAGCACUCCUGCAGCGACCGCUUGAAAUUGAUAUGGGGACUGGGCAGCAGCAUAAAGUUGGCUCGAAAGACGCUUGUAUGGAGCAUGAGGCGACUGCACAUCGAACAAAAGACCUUCGUGGUCAAGCAGGUGUUUGACGGUACCACGUAUUGCGAGGAAGCCGAACGCGCCGAAACUCUCUCUUUUACCAGCCGAAGCCGCGGUUUGGUGAAUGCAAGUUCGUCUCUAGCUUACAACAGUCACGCUCGAGCGGUGCUGGGAAGCUAA